GGCUGCCAGCCAGACUCCCGGAAAUCAUGCUGGUGGGAUCCCAGUCCUUCUCUCCGGGGGGGCCCAAUGGCAUCAUCCGCAGCCAGUCGUUUGCGGGGUUCAGCGGCCUUCAGGAGCGGCGGUCCAGAUGUAACUCCUUCAUUGAAAAUUCUUCCGCUCUCAAGAAGCCUCAGGCCAAACUGAAGAAAAUGCAUAAUUUAGGACACAAAAACAGCAGCCCCCCCAAGGAGCCGCAGCCUAGGAGGGUGGAAGAGGUCUACAGGGCCUUGAAAAGUGGACUUGACGAAUACCUGGAGGUUCACCAGACGGAGCUGGACAAGCUGACCGCCCAGCUGAAGGACAUGAGGAGGAACUCUCGCCUGGGUGUGCUGUAUGACCUAGACAAGCAAAUCAAGUCGAUUGAACGAUACGUGAGACGCCUGGAGUUUCACAUCAGCAAGGUAGACGAGCUCUACGAAGCCUACUGUAUCCAGCGACGCCUCCAGGACGGCGCCAGCAAGAUGAAGCAAGCCUUCGCCGCGUCCCCCGCCAGCAAGGCCGCCCGCGAGAGCCUGUCCGAGGUGCACCGGAGCUACAGAGAGUACACGGAGAACAUGUGCACCAUCGAGGUGGAGCUCGAGAGUCUGCUGGGCGAGUUCUGCAUCAAGAUGAAAGGUCUGGCCGGCUUCGCGCGGCUCUGUCCUGGAGACCAGUACGAAAUUUUCAUGAAGUACGGCCGUCAGCGGUGGAAGCUGAAGGGGAAGAUCGAGGUCAACGGCAGGCAGAGCUGGGACGGCGAGGAGGCGGUGUUCCUGCCCCUGAUCGCCGGGCUCAUCUCCAUCAAGGUCACAGAGGUCAAGGGGCUCGCAACCCACCUCCUGGUGGGCAGCGUGACCUGCGAGACCAAAGACCUGUUUGCAGCCCGACCUCAGGUGGUGGCCGUGGACAUCAAUGACCUCGGCACCAUCAAGCUGAACCUGGAGAUCGCCUGGUACCCCUUCGACGUGGAGGACGUGACCCCAUCCUCGGGCACCGGGAACAAGGCGGCCGCCCUGCAGAGGCGGAUGUCCAUCUACAGCCAGGGCACCCCGGAGACGCCCACCUUCAAGGAUCACGCCUUCUUCAGGUGGCUGCAGCCGUCCCCGGACAAGCGCCGGCGGCUGUCGGUCCUGACUGCCUUGCACGACACGCUCUUGGCCAAGCUGCACCGCAGCCGCUCUGUCUGCGACCUGCCCUCGCUCGGGCUGAGGCCCCCGGCCGCGCGCGAGUCCUAUUCCCAUCUCCCCGAUGACAUCUUUGAGAACAGAAAGGCCUCCGAGGAGAAAAUGCCACUGUCGCUCAGCUUCAGCGACCUGCCCAACGGGGACUGUGCCCUCCCCUCCAGCCCAGCCAGCUCCCUCCCCAGCACGUGCCCGGCCAACCCCGAAAUCACCAUCACCCCCGCGGAGCUGCCCCAGGGCGGCCUGGGCUGCCAGAGCGAGGGCACAGAUGACUCCAGCUCAGCAUCUUCCGGAAGCUCCUCAGCCGGUGGCCCGGGGCCCAAGCCGCCCCUGGAGGAGGAAGACGCCGAGGGGCCCCAGGGAGCCGAGGCCGAAGCCCGCCGAGUGCCCGAAGGGGCCGGGGCCGGGCGCCUGUACCUCGAGAAGGACGUGGCGGAGGCUCUUCUGCGGGAGUCAGACGAGGCCUCGGAGCUCAAGCCCGUGGAGCUGGACACCUUCGAAGGCAACAUCACGAAGCAGCUGGUCAAGAGGCUGACCUCGGCCGAGGUGCCGGCCACCACGGAGAGGCUGCUGUCCGAGGGCUCGGUCAGCGGAGAGUCGGAAGGCUGCCGGUCCUUCCUGGACGGCGGCCUGGAGGACGCGUUCCACGGGCUCUUCCUUGCGCUGGAGCCUCAUAAAGAGCAGUACCAGGAGUUUCAGGAUCUGAACCAGGAGGUCAUGCAUUUGGACGACAUUCUCAAAUGCAAGCCCUCGGGAAGCCGCAGCUCGCCCUCCAGCCUGAGUCUGACGGUGGAGAGCGCUCUCGAGAGCUUUGACUUCCUGAACACGUCCGACUUCGAUGAGGACGACCCGGAGGAGGGUGGCCCCGCGGGAGGCGGCGCCGACUCGGUGUUUUCAGACACGGAGACGGAGAAACACAGUUACCGGUCGGCUCACCCGGAGGCCAGGGCGCACCUGAGCGAGGCGCUGACGGAGGACACGGGCGUGGGGACGAGCGUGGCGGGCAGCCCCCUCCCGCUGACCACGGGGAACGAGAGCCUGGACAUCGCGAUCGUCAGGCACCUCCAGCAGUGCACCCAGCUCGUGCAGCAAAUCGUCUUCUCGAGCAAAACCCCCUUUGUGGCGAGAAGCCUCCUUGAGAAGCUGUCCAGGCAAACCCAGGUGGUGGAGAAGCUGGCGGCCGUGAGUGAGGAGAACAUGGGGAACAUCAGCUCUGUCGUGGACGCCAUCCCAGAAUUCCACAAGCAGCUGUCCCUGCUGUCCUUCUGGACCAAGUGCUGCGGCCCGGCGGGCGUGUACCACAGCUUGGCAGACAGGGUGGUCAAGCAGCUGGAGGCCACCUUCGCCAGAGCCGUCAACACAGACUACCCAGGGCUGGCCGACCCGGUGUUCCGGACCCUGGUGUCCCAGAUCCUGGACCGGCCGGAGCCCCUGCUGCCCUCCAGCCUCUCCUCGGAGGUGGUCACCGUCUUUCAGUAUCACAGCUACUUCGCCAGCCACGGAGUGAGCGACCUGGAGAGCUACCUGCGCCAGCUGGCCAAGCAAGUCUCCGUGGUGCAGGCACUGCAGUCCCUGCGAGAGGAGCAGCUGCUCCAGGUGGUCAGCGGCCUGCCGGCCCAGCAGGAGGUGCUCCGGACGCUGGCUCUGCUCCUGACCGGGGGCGACAGGGGCGUCGGCCGGGCCGUGAGGCUCUACCUGGAGGCCGCCUCCGGAAACCAGCAUUUCAGGGAGAAGGCCUUGCUCUACUACUGUGAAGCCCUGUCGGCCAGCGACCUGCAGCUGCAGAAGGCGGCCUGCCUGGCGCUUCAGAGUCUGCAGGCCACCGAGAGCAUCAAGAUGCUGGUGACGCUGUGUCAGUCCGACGUGGAAGAAAUCAGAACCGUGGCCUCCGAGACCCUCCUGUCUCUGGGAGAAGACGGGCGGCUGGCCUACGAACAGCUGGACAAGUUUCCCCGAGACUGUGUCAACGUCGGAGGCCGUCACGGGACCGAAGUGGCCACGGCCUUUUAGUAGCCAGCGGGCUCUGCCUGUCCGCUGUUUAUCAAAUGGCCAUUUAUUCAAGAGGGUGCUGUGAUUCGGCUGGAAGUCCGCCGCGUUGCAGACAGAGCUCAGCCGGGCGCCGCGGCUCCGCCGCCGCUUCCUGUGGCCGGCACAGCAGGGCCGUGUGUGACCGGUGGACUGAUUGCGUCGCCGACCGCGUCCGACGGUACUUAGUAAAAGAGCCCGUCGUCUCUGAUAUGUGUGGGAUUUCAAAAUAGCCAUCUUCAUGUGUAUGGGAUUUCAAAAUAGCCAUCUUUGUACUUUUGGGGAAGUUCUGCUGUGCGCUUGAAACAGUCCUGUGACUCUGCGAUCGAUGUCCUGCGGCUUGCGGUUUUUCUCUGUUGUGCUCUCAG